AUGCAGAUCAGCCAAGACUGUCAAGCUUUGGCGCAGCUGCUAACUCUCUUAACCCCACCAUCCAUCACACCACCCCGCUAUCGGUCUCGAAACCGUCAUCCUUCAUUUCGAGCUGUGCCUGUUUUUCGCGCUACAUAUACCUACACAUACAUACAAGACAAAAUGGCCGCAGUCAAUCAAGUCUAUAUCGCCAUUAUUGGCGCUGGUGGUGUCGGCAAAUGCUUCCUCUCGCAGUUGCAGACGCUUGCUGCUCGAAAACCAUCCCCCAAGCUGAGCCUCUGCUACAUCUCGACUAGCCGAAAAGCCCUCUACAACGUCGACUACUCUCCCGUCAGCCUGGACGGCGUUUCCGAAAACCUCGCUUCAUCUACCCAGGCCCCUCCUCCUUUGGCGCAAGUAAUUGACUAUCUGGCCGCCGCCCCAGCCAAAGUGGUCUUGGUCGACAACACCAGUUCCCAGGAUGUCGCUGAUGCCUACCCUCUGGCCUUGAGCCGAGGCCUCAGCAUCGUGACACCGAAUAAGAAGGCCUUUUCCGGCUCAUACAAGCUCUGGCAGGACAUCUUCACUGCCGCGGCAACAUCUGGUGCCAAGGUAUACCACGAGUCCUCGGUAGGCGCUGGUCUGCCAGUCAUCUCCACGCUGAAGGAUCUGGUCGAGACCGGAGACAAGGUCACCAAGAUCGAGGGCGUCUUCAGCGGAACUAUGUCGUUCCUCUUCAACUCUUUUGCGCCGACCGAGGGACAGGGCGGCAAGUGGUCCGAAGAGGUGAAGAAGGCAAAGGCCCUUGGCUAUACCGAGCCAGAUCCAAGAGAUGAUCUGAACGGCCUUGAUGUUGCGCGCAAGUUGACCAUUCUAGCCCGCCUAGCAGGUUUGCCCGUCGAAUCGCCGACAUCAUUCCCUACUCAGAGUCUAAUUCCCAAGGAACUCGAGUCUUGCGCGACCGGAGAGGAAUUCCUUCAACAGCUGCCCGCUUUUGAUCAGCAAAUGGAAGACAUCAAGGCUACUGCCGAGAAGGCUGGAAAAGUUGUCCGAUUUGUCGGAAGUAUCGAUGCGGCCACGCAGCAGGUCAAGGUUGGACUAGAGCAAUUCGAUCGUUCGCAUCCAAUUGCCUCCCUCAAAGGCAGCGACAACAUCAUCAGCUUCUAUACUGAGCGAUACGGCAGCAAUCCUCUGAUUAUCCAAGGCGCGGGAGCCGGUGGAGACGUGACGGCAAUGGGUGUGACGGGAGACCUUAUCAAGGUGCUUUCGCAAAUCGCUUAG